AUGGAAGUUUUUCCAAAUAUAGAAUAUCAAUAUUUAAAUUAUGGAGAUGAAAUGUAUCGAUGCCGCCAUACGGAGUUACAUGUGUCUUUAGAGAGCAUAGCAGGAAGAAACACAAUAAAUAAUGGGGGAUCCAAACGCGCACCACUUAAAUCACCACCAUCAUUUAAUCCAGCACCAAAGGGUGGUCCGGGUGCUCAACAUCUCAUAACGGAUCCCCAAGCACAAGUUGCCCUGGCAGCAGCUCCUCCACCUAUGCAUCCACAACACCAAUUUCAACCGCAACAUUAUAACGUUCUUGAUAGUUUUUGGCAACAACAAGUGCAUGAAAUACGACACGGUGUACACGAUUUUAAGGUUCACCAGUUGCCUCUCGCCAGAAUCAAGAAGGUCAUGAAAACCGAUGAGGAAGUUAAGAUGAUCAGUGCAGAAGCUCCUAUUUUAUUCGCAAAAGGUUGCGAUAUUUUUAUAACUGAAUUAACAAUGCGAGCAUGGCUCCAUGCUGAAGAAUGCAAACGAAGAACAUUACAAAGAUCAGAUAUUGCCAAUGCAAUAAAAAAGAUAGAUAUGUUUGACUUCUUAAUAGACAUUGUUCCAAGAGAAGAAAAAGUCAACGUAAAGACUGAAAAGAUGGAAUAUCAAGAUCAUCAAAGUCCAUAUGGCUUUGGAAUGGGGUUGGCACAGGGUGGACCUCAAUUCAACACUUCUCAAAAUGUGCCUGUUGAUCAAAAAGUAGUAGUUGAUCCCAUGACCACAUUAAACGAACACCAGGUAGCAUCCUUCAGGAAUCACUCUCGUCCGCAGUAUACGGCUGUUUCGGCUGAAGUAACUCCCGGUCCUUCGGCUAGACCAGUUUCCGCAGAACAAACACAACAUUUGGACCAUGUGCAACAACGCCAACCUGAUCACCAUCCUGUACAGAUUAAGUACGAAAGCGAAUCCCCAAUUUUAAGACCUGUUGAUUGGUAUCCGCAUUCACAACAAAGUUAUGUGCAGAGUAACCCACAUGUUGGCAGUCACGCCUACAGUCAACCAAUUAGCGGACAACCGCCCCAUGAGUACCAUCAUGAAAGUAGUGGAAUGAAUCUAGCGCGUCACGGUGAGGGAUAUAGUCGGGGCGGUGGUCAACAACGUAAUUGA